AUGAACAACGCGAGAACCACAUCAUUCUCUAACAACAAUAACGACAAUAAUAAUGUCAGCAACCCACAAAAGAUAGGAAACCCUGUAAAUCCGCAUGAAGAACAGCAAAAUUCGUUGUUGACGCGUGUCGUGUCUCAUGUUCAAAAACUGAAUGAUGUGAUGGUAGAAGUUACCGCGCGAUUACAAGAAAUCAACGAAUACAAUCGUGACAUAGUCACUUUAUCACAAGUAUGGGGAAAUUAUACGCGAAACGUUGGAUUCAACUUGGAGAGUAUUCAGCGAUUAGAUGAUCCAAAGUAA